AUGGCGGAAGCAGUGCUCUUCAUCCUCACCAACGACAUACUGAAACUCGCCUGUUCCAACAUAUUUUCGAAAAUCCAACUUGCACGAGGUGCGAGGGAUGAUCUCCAACGUCUCAAGUACACCGUCAAGACCAUCCAAACCGUGCUUUUGGAUGCCGAGAAGAAACAAUGGGACAGCGAGCAGGUCAAGCUCUGGCUCGCGAGGCUGAAGGAAGUGUUGUACGACGCACAGGACUUGCUGGACGAUGUCGCAACUGAGGAUCUGAGGCGGAAGGUCACUCCCGGAAACAAGAUGUCAACAGCGGUACGCUCUCUCUUUUCCAAAUCAAAUAAGCUAGCACAGCCCUACAAAGUGGCUAAAAGGAUUCAAGAAAUUAGGAAGAAACUGGAUUGGAUUGCAAAAGAUAAGGAGUUCCGUUUAGAGGAGCAUCGGAGUGAGGCAACUGUUGCUAUUGUGAGGAAAUGGACAACUGGCUCUUUUGCGUGGAAGGAAGAAAUAAUUGGUAGACAAAGUGAUGAGAGGCAGAUCAUCAAAUAUCUGCUCGAUUCCUCCAUUUUGGUUGUUUCCAUACUCGGUAUGGGAGGACUUGGAAAAACCUCGCUUGCUCGGCUGGCGUACAACAAUGUCGAAGUGAGAAACUACUUCAAGCUUAAGAUGUGGGUGUGUGUAUCCAAUGUCUUUGAUGAGGAUUUUCUCAUCAAAGAAUUACUAAAAUCUGCCCGAGAUGAAGUGGAUCCUAAGAUGAUAGAUCUGCAAGACAUUGAGAAGGAGUCUAAGACCCAAUUGCAGAUACUUCUUGGUAAGGUACUAGACGGGAAGAAAUACUUGCUUGUUUUGGAUGACUUGAGGAAUGAAGAUCACAGGAAAUGGUCGGAGCUCGAAGGUUUGCUAAGGGGUGGUCUACCGGGGAGCAAGAUACUUGUAACCACGCGCAAUGAGUCAGUGGUGAAGGCUACAGGUACAAAAUCAGUUAUCCAUUCUCUAGGUAUCUUAGGUAAUGGUGAGUCGUGGAAGUUAUUCAAGAAAAUGGCUUUCGGAGAUGGGGAAGAAUCAUUAAACCAGGAACUGGAGGAGAUUGGUCGACAUAUAGUUAAAAAAUGCGGGGUGUUCCCCUUGCCAUGA